AUGCGACGCGCAGAAUUGCGGGCGCAUAAUCUCAGUUUGUCUGCGCAUGCGCAUAAAGAUGUGUUACAACAAACACUGCCCCCGGAUAUCUGUUCGUUGCAUGUAGAACACAUCGAACACUCACAUAUUACAAACUCCCCACGAGCUGAUUCACUUCCCCCCCAUCUCACAUCCACUCAAAACAGAGAAUAUAGAUCGUAUCAACGAAACGUUAAUGAAACCACACUCUAUGGAGGCGACAAACAUAAUAUCAAACAAAGUAUUCAGGAAAAUUGCUCUAUGUAUCCCAACAGAGAUGUGAGUGACACGAAAAAUAUUAGCGUCGAACCUAAGGUCAUAGAUUUUUCGGUCGAACCUUCCAGGGACGAGGAAUUCGCAUCGCUUCGGGAGAUGGGCAUCAGUUUGGAUAUCGACCGUGAUAACUUCCCCGAUAUAUUGCAACGAUUAAAAAAUGAAAUAAAGAAGUCGAGGACCGAAUUAGAAAACUGCAAGUCGGAACUCAAGAACGCAGAAGAGAAACUGUGUGAAUUCCCCGCUUUAAAGGAGGAAGUCGAGGAGUUGAAGAAUCUUCUUGAAAACACCGUUGCUGCCAUGGAAACAGAUAAAAAGUUCUAUGAAAACCAGUUGGAAAAUUUCACGUCGAAUAGAAAAUCUCUUGAACGGCGGAUGACUGAGUUGACGCAGGAGGUGAAUGACAAAUCCAAAGAUUUGCACUUGCUCAAAGAAGACAUUUUGAAAAGAGAAAAUAUGAUAUUAGAAUUAGCAAAAGAGAAACGUAAUUUGACUAAUAAAUUAGCGGAAUUAGAAGUCAAGAUCGAUGAGCUACAGAGCAGAAACAAAGCUUUAGAAAACGUUGAAGGCGAAAAGCGCCAGAUGAAAGAGAGGAUCCAAGAAUUGGAGAAGUUGGAACAGCUCGUGUCAGAGAAGAAUCAUCAAAUUGACAGUCUGAAUCAGCACUUGGAUAGAUUGGAUGAUCUGCAGAGACGCCUUGAUGACAAAACAGAAGAGAUGGAAGGUUUGAAGGAAGCAUUUGAAGUGAAAUCAAAUGAACUUUUCGGAAUGCAAAAUACUGUUGAAUCUUUGAACAGAGAUAUUGCAAAACUGAAUGCUGCCAACAAUGAACUUGAUACUAAUAAUAAAGAGUUAAAAUUGAAACUCACAAAACUUGAGAAGGAGCAAGAGAAUGCGUCUCUAAAACUGCAAAACAGCGAGAGCGAAGUGGGUAGGCUAAAUUCUUUAAAUGGAGAGUUGACAUCUAAAAUAGACGAGUUGAAACUUUUGCAUGAGAAAUUGAAAGACAAAGAAACCGAAAUAGAGAUAUUGAACGAGGACAUUAACGCUUUCCACGAAGAGAUAGCUUCAUUGAAGGAACAACUAAAGAUGGCUUCUAGAAGUCCGUCGCCGAAGAGUAAAGGUGGUGAUGACAAGAAAACGAUGGAGAGGCGUACCGGUGGGGAUAUGAAACAACUUAUGAAGAUACGGAAACAGAUCUCUCUAAUGCAGCACGAACUUGAUUUCCAAAAGAAGGAACUCAAUGAUAAGGCCUUCGAGUUAGCGAAAGCAAAGCUAGAGGUGACAGAGCUGAAGAAUAAUCUAGGUCAAGCACAGAAGAUGGCGGCGGAUAAGGAACUAGAGGCUGUUGGACUGAAGAGUGAGCUGCAACAAUUAGCAGUUCACAGGCAGCAGCUCUCGCAACAGCUGCACGCUGUCAACGACAGGAUCAGGGAAGAAUCUAAUAUGUCUGAAUUGAAAGCAAAAUUGCGAGAAAAGUCUGAACGGUGCCAAGAACUAGAAGCCGAGCUCCAGGAUAUGAAGGAUCUAGUUGAAAGAUUGCGUAGUAUGGAAGCGCCAGUGACUGAUCGCGCGUUAGUUGUAAGCGGUAGUAGAUCACCCACUGCUGAACUAGAGCGAGCUCUGAGAGAUCAACUCGACUACUCGCACGAGCUCGACGAUCACAUCAUGGAACAGAUUUUAUCGGCAAGUAGCGAUGAACGUGAAGAUAUACCACGACUCGCGUUGAACACAUCAAAGUCGUCGUCUCCCGCGCAUUCAACAUCAUCGGAGCGCGAGCGGCGACUGCGGCAAGAUAACGAUAAACUACAGCUGCACCUAAACCAGCUUGAACUGCGACUACGUGAUAAGGACGCGCUCAUCGCUGAGCUGAACAGGAUUCGCGACAAAUUGACGAACGACUGGCAGACUAGUCAACUGCGGUGUGAAGCAGAAAAGGACAACGCCGCAAGACUUCAACUGUUGCUACACACUCACAAAGAGACUUCAGAUACUCUACAGAAGCAGGACUCGAGCAUGAUCCAGAUGCUGAAGAAACGUUUGGAGAGUGCGAUGCAGUCUGAAGUGGAUCUGCAACAGCAGUUGCAGGAGGCACGGAAUAAAAUGCAGCAUUUGCAGCGACAACCCGCCGCAGGUGAUGAUGCGCUACGGUCACAGCUGCAGCAUGAGUUGGAGAGCAACGAGCGUCUCCGCGGUGAGAUGUCAUUGUUGAAGUGUAAGAUGGAAGUGGAACGUGCACGUGCGCAAGACGCGGAGACAGCACUACAGCAUGAGAGGAAUCGAGCAAUUAGACAACAAGACAGCCACCAGCACAACACCGAUGUGCUGCACAACGAGCUGGCAGAUGUCAACAGGUUAAAACAUGAAAUAGGCGUUGAGUUACUGCGUGCGAAGGAAUUACUUAAUAUACAGAGUCAAACUAUAUCUGAACUAGAGAAGAAACUCGUUCUGGCUAAUAAACAGAAGCCGUUCGCCGAUGCAGUGGCGGAAAUGGAAAGACAAAAAAGAGAGAUGGCGCGUGAACUCGCUAUUUUAAAGAAGAAUCUGUCCGAUGUUUACGCCUCCCAUACGCCUACACCGAUAACGAACCAGCAACCCGACCGCGACCAAGCAGUGCGGUAUUUGCAUGGUCGAUGUUUACGUCUAGAGAGCUGUCGUAAAGCAUUGGUGUGGCAGAAGCGGUAUCUGCAGCGAGUGUUGGCCGGUCACCAAGCGCUCGAGAGACAACUGAGACCUCGCGUCCCAGAUACACCGCCCACCAACAGGCGAUUCAAAUGCGUGGCGCUGGCGGUAGUGGUUGUACUUCGUAUGGGAUUCUUGGUUCGUCGCCGCCAUCAUAUGCGAACACUCUCCGCUCAAUGUAUAUUGCGGAACACCACCAAUGACAAUAGGAAUACAAGUAUGAAUGAAGUUGGCGCAAGCCCUAUAUCCAGUCGUGAUGUCCGAACACGAGAUUUACGGAUACCGCUGCCUGCUUCGCCGUUAAUCGGAGAUUUCGUACGGAGAACAUCAUACAGCGUGAGUUCACCCCGCGAAGAACCUUUUAUAUUGAGUUCCGAUCGCGGUGAGGGAGCGGCGUACUGCAAGUUGCAAUUGGUGGGCCGCGGGUUAUCGAGAGACUUGCCCUGA